AGAAAAGGAGGCUUUUUAUUCGAUGGUUGUAAUGCACAGUUUAGAUUGUGAUUAUGAGGAACCAGUGGAGAAGCGUUUUGAAGACCUUUGUCAAGAUCUGUGUAUAGAUGGAAGCGUCCGAGAAGAAGCUUGGGAAAAGUACAAAGGUAUUCUCUAGUUUAUUUGCUUGCAAAGUACUAGAUGUAUGGGCUAAUUAUUCUAUCGACGGCGAUCAAAUUCAGUGGCUUGUCUGUUCACUUUAUGAGUGUUGUCGCCGUUCCUUAUCAGAUGGCAUGUCAGGGCAUGUAGACAAUGCAUAUGUAUCUCUGUCACGGUUGCUGUCCACAGCUAAAAUGAGUGUGGUUCAGGUAUGUUGCACUGCGUUGGCAAUUUGUAGUUUUUCCAUCGUAUUAGAAAAUGGGCUGAUAUGACUGACAUGUUGGAUGAGAUGAGGGAUCGCACUGAGCUACUGGAGCGCCAGUUUUCUGUUUCGUCGGUGAUUUUCCGUAACUUCGGUCGUUCUUUUGGCGUAUUGUUCUCAGACGUGGACUAUGAAACCAGUCAAAGUAAGAAACUUCACUUGUGGUUUUCAUGUCGGUUGAUAUUAUGGAGUCCAAAGAUGAGCUUUUAGCCAAUAAAAGACCUUUCAGAGUACCAUAGGUCUCGAUUUCAUCCAGUGUCAUGAGUUUGUUACCUAGCUGAAGCUUUUUGCUGAAGUUUUCAAUUUGUGAAUACGUAGCCUCCUAAGACAACGGUAUACCUGAUAUUUAAAUGACUCAAAGUGAAGACGAAAUUGCUUUUGAGCAGGCGUCCUGGCUUUUUUGUCGGUGGUUUUCCAAUACGGCUUUUGAUAUACUAACUCCAUUCUGCUUGCUUAACAUUCUUCACUCGACCCGGAAACUUAUAUAUGUAGCGAUGGCUCUACUGUUCACGUAAAGACUGUUGUCCUUUCAUAUUAUGUUGGAAUGAACGACUUCCCGGUGAAUUUAUAAUGGUGUUUGUGUAAAAUGGGUGUGCUUCCCUCAGAUGUUGCUGUCUUGCCUAAUCUCAUAUGUAGUAAUUUGUGAAAACCAGUGGUCUCAGUAUCCUAAUAUAGACGGCUUUGAUAAAAUGCCUGCACAAUCCUACUGACAGAACAUUCUCGAUAGUUCCUCAUGUUUUUGUUGAACCUUUUGGUUUUAGGGAAGCUGCGUUAAAAGAUAAGUAUUUAUGCUUUUGUCGUCCUUAUUCCUAGAUUUGUAAAACUUUGUAUUCUAAUGGGUUUCAGCAGAGUUAGUAAAGGUCUCAUAACCCUGCCAAUAGAUAUAGUUGUUGAUAUUCGCUCGAGUUCCUGCAAGAUACUAAGCGUUCAGAUUACUCCGUCGUUCUAAGAGUUUUAACCAGUAACGGCGGAAUGCAUAUUCGUAUCCAUAUACUCACCCAGGUAAAAACUUAGACCUUAUUUAUCAAGUAUCUACCGUAAGGGAGAAAAUCUUUAGGUGGGAGAGACGUAAUCUUCACAUUUUUUUAGUCAAUAGUUAUCCACCUUUUGUUUGUGAAACUGCAACUUUUCACUCAAGUAAUGAAUGAACCGUUUUCGUUUUGCUUUUAAAUGUGCGAACGUUUGUUGCGGGUAUCACAUUGACCCAUAUAGUCAGUUUCCAGCUAGUGGUCCAGAAGUUCGAAGUCCAAAUAUCGAGUUUUAGGCAGCUAGAUGGUAUCAUUAUUUUUAACGUUACAAAUAUUGCUCACCUCUUCUUAUACAUAUUUGCGUGAUUACAAAGGUACACUUAAUACUUAAUACUUUAUCCAACCAGCAAAUUGUUGCACGAAAUAGACCAGAGAGCAUAUAGUGCAUUCACUGACUAUCUUUGUGACUGUUGAUUCGAUAUAUUGCAAACUGUUUUCUUUGAUAUUCUAGAUGUACCAAGAAAACUUCAUUUUCGCUAACUAGUCUUUAAUUUGAUACUAAGUAUGCUGCAUAUAUACCUUGCAUUAUUGAGUUGAUUAAGCAGGUUUUCAUCUGUGAGUUUGGGGACUUAAGCAUGUGAAUGUGCUGUAUAUCUUUCCUUCACUGACAGUCGACUCAUUCUUUUUAUGUUUAUCGGUUACUACCAAUGUUUCGUUCAAUUCUUGUUGAUUUCCCUUCACGUAAAUGUUCAUGGGGCGUGACAAUUUGGGUCAAUUCUAUUGUACUGGGGGGUAGUAGCUCAUUCCUCUGGGCGUCAGGUUUUCGACCAGUAGUUUGCCGGUUCGAACCCGGCUCCUUCCAGCGACGUCUGGAAAGCUAAGUAAUGUUGACCACCACAAUAGGUGUUCCUCACUACCUACUGCACAGACAUGCACGUGGUUGGGGAGUGCAUUAGGAUUUCUUUCGAUGUUUACUUUGUUUCGCCUUAGCAAAGUAUAAAAUCCGUGCGCAUGAAAAUUUACUUAAAUGCAUAGUAUCACUGAGGUUUUUACGAUUUUUGUUUAGUUCAAUAAAUUGCAUAUCAGUUAACUGUUAAUUAUUGCGAUUGUAGUGCGUCCAACUGGUUCCGACUUAUUCCGAUUUACAUGGCUGCUAUUCAUCAAGUCUCGAGCAAGUUUUCCUGCAGUCACUGAUGAUCUAGUCAAUUCCUAUCACUUACUAACCUGCUGUUUAGACUGGGUUCUGGGAGCAGUUAUGGUUUCUAGAAGACGUGAUUUGAUCAACAUGGAGCAAAACGGCCUGCCUCGAGAUUUUUUAAAUUCACUCGCUCAAAACAAAACUUGGUGCCCACCUCAUGAUGAACCGAACUGUAUGUUGCGUCCAAUAUGUGAGGAUAAUGAUGUUAAUUAUGUUGAGUGUAAAACUGUAAAGGAACACUUUUUUCGACCGUUUAUGUUGAGGCUGAUCGAGAAGGAUUUAAUCAAGCUUCAUCCUUCCGUUCUUGGUAGUCUACUAGAAUCCGAAAAUUUUGAAGUGACAGUACAGAAUCUAAACAAUAACUAUGAGGAAUACAUCAUUGGAACUGGAGACUUUGAUGAACGUAUUUAUCUUAGUCCAAAUGCAUCGGAAGAGAUCGGAUCCAUUGGAGAAAGCAAUGUACAAUCUGAUUUUCAUUUGCCUAUAGGGUUGACACCAUCUGCACGUCGAUAUAUGAUUGAAGUUAGUAAUUCUGGUUUUGGUGGCUUCACUGAAACUACACGACGUGGAAAUGCAAAUGCUGGUGCUAUCAGUCGUCUUAAUGGAGGUGUUAAUUUCAGCAGUCCCGAAGCUCGAAGUCAAAAUCUUAACCAGUUACAGAUUUUGUUAAAUGGUCGAAACAAAGAGCCAAGUGAUGCAUUAGUUGAUCUAAUUGAAGCACACUGUUUCGUGUCGCCUCUUUCAACAAUUCGUGAAAGAUUGGAGGAUUUUGGUGCACAGUUUCAGCGGGUGUAUGCUGGGUUAAAAUCUCCUGGUAAUGGUGUGACACCGGGGAAUACAGCAAGUAGUUUAGCAAUUUCAGCCGCUCAACAACGUCUAGAACUAUGUUACCCAUUUUAUUAUAUGGCUUUGGAAAAUAUUCUGGUGGAUGAAAUUCGCAGAAUCGACAAAAGAUUAGCUAGUGUCACUUUAUUAUCUAGUUCUUCUGACAAUACUGGGAAUUCAAAGCAAACAUGUGUACGUCCAGAUCUUGGGACAUUGUUAUCACAAGAUGCUUUUCAUCGAGCUUUGUUCACAUGUUGUAUGGAGAUAGUUCUAUUAAGCUGUGAUCCUCCAAAUCAUCACUUUCCAUGGAUUUUGGAGGCGAUGAAUCUAGAUUCAUUGCAUUUCUUCAAAAUAGUUGAAGUUUUGAUUCGUAAUUUGGACUUCCCACGAGAUAUUGUAAAAUAUAUGAACCAGGUUGUUGAAAACAUUCUAGAUUCCUACGCAUGGCGUUCAAGUUCUCCAUUAUGGUCUGUACUUAAGGCAACAGGACGCGCUCCGUCUAUUGAAGAAGUUAUACCACCGGAGAAACUUGAUCAAGGUUCUACCAAUUGUUACACACGAAACACUGUUCAAUCUACCAAUCGAAAAGUGUUAGGUUCUAACGCAAUUUCUACCAAAGAUAUAAAAAAAUCACCAAAUUCUUAUAAUAAACAACCUCGUCUCGCAGGAAAUGUUACUUCUACAAUACCAGUCAGUUGCCAACAAAAUAUUGAAUUUUCAUCAGGUCAAACUAUCCGCCGACUACUUUCAUCUGGCGUUGAAGAUGAAUCUGCUCAAGCAGCUGCUCAGUUAUUAGCAAGUGGAGCUACUGAUAGUGAUUCAGGAAAUAUAGACUCAGGCCUGCUUGGAGCAUCUACUGAUGAUGUUGGUAUCAAUCAUGAUAGUUCAAGCAUGGAUAUAAAACCAACACCAGAACAACUGGUAGAAGAUUACAUUGUUAACGCUACGAGUACUACAACAACAACAGAUACAAUCAGCAGUACUGCAUCUGUUCCAUGGUCAUCGACCUGUUCCACUAAUAUGUCUGGCUACUUUCAUACUCGGCAUGAUUCAAUCGCCAUAUUCUUUCGACAAGUAUAUCAGAUAACUAGUCUACGUUUAAGAGAUUUAUGUGAACGCUUAAAUCUUACUCGUGAACUAAUGGCUAAAAUUUGGACGUGUAUAGAACAGGUGAUUGUUCAUGAAACUGAACUACUUAGAGAUCGAUGUUUAGAUCAAAUUGUAAUAUGCUGUAUAUAUGGUAUAUGCAAGAUUGUUCUCUAUCGACCGUUAACAUUCGUUGAUAUAGUUCAGAUGUAUAGAUUGCAGCCUCAAUCUAACCGAGAUGUCUAUCGUCGGGUACUUAUAAAUCGAGUGUCCUACGGUCGUGGUAAUACUGAAGAACGUGGAGAUCUAUCUCGAUUCUACAACCUUAUUUUCCUACAACAAAUGAAAGACUUUAUUAAGAAGGCGGCAGCUGUACGUUCCACCUAUAACGAAACGGAUCCUAACGUUCAUACAGAACACACGUCUAGUGCCGAGUCAUUCGCAUCCAGUGGGAAUUCUGUACUGAGUCAGUGGACACUUCAUCCAUCUUUAUCACCGAUGCCUAUGCAGUUGAACACUUUGAUAUCAACGGAUUCUGCUGCAGUAGUCAAUCUAGGACUUGAUGCAACAGCUGCUUCGGGAGAUGCGAUGCAGGCUAGACGUUUGGCUAGCAAUCGCAACAUAUUUAUCAGUCCAGUGAAACAACAAGUUAGUCUGUCGCCGAAAAAAGUUAUUUUCACAGUGGGUCGAAGUACUGGUAAAGAUUUACAAGAUGUGAAUCUGAUGAUAAGCUCUGCUGAGCGUCGUGCGUCGAUGGCUAAUAUGACAAUGGGUCUCAAACGUCCACUAGGCAGUACAACUACUACAUUUGUCACCAACUCAUCUGCAUUUACAGUGGCUAGUGGUACAAGUUCAACACGUACAGUAACACUGGUUGGACCAAGUGGAUUCGCUCUACGAAACGAAUAAACUUUGAUGUGUGGGCAUUCAUUGGGAACGACAACCUAACUGUUCUUUAUCUAUAUGCAUUUUUGAAACAAUAACUCACCGAUGAUUUUUUUUUCUUACCUUUGUAUUCCCUGUCAAUAAUUAUAUUAUUCACCAAAAAGACUUUUUCUAUGCAG